AUGGUGCAAGAACAAGCUGAUGGGUUAGACAUAUCUAUACCAGAAUUCCAUUUACGUGUACCAAAUGCAAUUAAAGACUUUUUAGCUACUGUUAGUGGAAAAGGUGGAGAACAACAUUCAACAAAUCAUACCUUAUCUUCAACAUCAACAAACAAGGAAGAAAAUGGUGGUCAAGACAAUAACAACAAUAAUAAUAAUGGUAGUGAUAAUACGGCAGCAGCAAUGGCGGCAGCAGCAAUGGCAGCUACUUUGACUACUGAUGAAGAAGAUGAUCGAUCCAAACGAAGAAAAAGAUCAGAAGGACACUCCAUCUCUGCAAAUGAUGAACAACUGAUGAUGUUGACGAAGAAACUUAUUGAAAUACGAAGCAUCCUUUUAUCUAUUGAUCACAAUGAAACUCUGAAACUUCCUAGCAUCGUGGUGAUUGGAUCUCAAAGCUCUGGCAAAAGUUCGGUUCUAGAAGCAAUUGUUGGUCAUGAAUUUUUACCCAAAGGAACAAAUAUGGUGACUAGACGACCUAUUGAAUUGACCCUGGUUCACACCCCUGGUAAUGAUGAAGAAUAUGGUGAAUUCCCCCAACUAGGAUUAGGCAAGAUGCAUGAUUUUGGCAAAGUUCAAAAAACUUUAGUCGACAUGAAUUUAGCUGUUACUGAAGCGGAAUGUGUAUCUGAUGAACCUAUUGAACUUCGAAUCUACUCUCCCAAUGUACCUGAUCUGACUCUUAUUGAUCUUCCUGGUUAUAUUCAAAUCUCAAAUCGAAAUCAACCUGAAAUGCUCAAGACGAAGAUUCAAGAAUUAUGCGAAAAAUAUAUCCGGGAACCUAACAUUAUAUUAGCAGUUUGCGCAGCGAAUGUAGAUUUGGCCAACUCUCCAGCUUUACGUGCAAGUCGUAAAUAUGAUCCUCUUGGUUUACGAACAAUUGGUGUGAUUACAAAAAUGGAUUUGGUACCUCCUGAAGUGGGCACUGCUCUUUUACGAAAUGGCGAUUAUCCUUUGCAUCUUGGUUAUAUUGGUGUGGUCUGCAAGUCGCCUGACAAUCGACAAGAUGGCGCCAACAUGACAAAUGCAUUAAUCAAGAAUGAAGAAUCAUUUUUCCAUCAUCAUCACGUAUACAAUCAACGGGAUAUUCAGGUCGGUACUGGAACACUUCGCCACAAAUUGAUGAAUGUUUUGGAACAAAGUAUGGGACGUAGCCUUUACAGCAUUGUUGAUGCCGUACAACGAGAAUUGGAAGAAACUCGAUAUCAAUUCAAGGUACAAUACAACGAUCGUAGAGUGACAGCUGAAUCUUAUGUGGCUGAAACAAUGGAUACUUUAAAGCAUAACUUUAAGGAUUUUGCAAACAAUUUUGGGAAACCUCAAGUAAGACACGAAGUGCGAACCAUGUUGGAACAACGGGUACUAGAUAUUUGUGCAGAACAAUAUUGGUCUGAUGGCAAGAUUGCAGAUUUGAACAAAGCUUCCCCUGAUGACAUCUACUGGUUAUAUAAGAUUGAUUUGGCAGCAGCGGCUUUGACAAAAAGUGGUGUUGGUCGAUCAACCACUCAACUGGUUGUGGAUGUCUUGAUGAGCAAUAUGGAACGUUUGGCCAAUGCAGAACAAUUUACUUACCAUCCAGAAACAAGGAAACAAAUUUUGAACUUUACAAGUGAAAUCUUACGAACCAAGUUUUUAACAACAAGUGAUCAAGUAGAAAAUACUAUCAAACCAUACAAAUAUGAAGUUGAAAUCACUGAUGCUGAAUGGACAGAAGGUGUGAAACGUUCAGUUGUACUUUUGGAAAAAGAAUUGGAAAUGUGUGAACAACUGUCAAAUACCAUCAAGAAUACAGUUGGCAAAUCAAAACUCAAAGCAGCCAUCCGUCAUGUAUUGGAUUCUGAUCGAGAAGAUAAUCGUCGUUUGGACCGUAUACAAAAAUUAGCUGAAGAAGGAAAUGGAUCUCUAGAAGAACUAGUAGUAGUCAACGAAGAUGAUGAUGUCAAACCAGUUUACAAUCCUCGACUUGUGGAAAAAGCAAAGGAAGCCCUCUUUUUACGUGAUCGUGCCAUGAUCCUCAAGUAUCGUAUUGCAGCACUCAAGAGUCGUCAAUGCAAAUCAUCUGAUAAUAAACAAUACUGUCCUGAAGCAUUUUUGAACAUUAUUGCUGAAAAACUCACGUAUACUGCUGUUAUGUUUAUUCAAGUGGAACUAUUGAAUGAAUUCUUCUUCCAAUUCCCUCGUGAAGUAGAUGAUCGAUUGGUUUAUCAAAUGAAUAGAAAACAAAUCCAACAAUUUGCAAAGGAAAAUCCACCUAUACAAAAACAUUUGGCCCUAAUGGAAAGAAAAGCUAAAUUAGAAGAAGUGAUGGAUAAACUGAACUAUUUGGUAAAACGACAAGCUGAUAGACAUGAAAAACCAAGAUCUCAUUAUAUGUAG